AUGAUAGGUAAGCCGCUGUGGUUUGACCAAUCGACUAGGCUAGGCAGAAGAAUGGGAUUUCCCAAAGUUUGCGUUGAAAUGUCCAUAGAUUCGAAGUUUCCUGAGACUCUGAAACUGGUCCCUAACCAUAAGCCGGCAUUUGAAGUCAGUCUGGAAUAUUGCAAUAGACCAGUAGGAUGUCAAAAAUGCCGAGUGUUUGGCCAUCAGUGUGACAAUGUGGAAGAGGUAAGGGCUGAAGUUUGUAGUCAGGUCAUUGAGGGUGGGGAGAAUGCAACUGGAAGUGCUGGUCAGAUGAUCUUGGAUUCGAUACUGGCUUCAAAGGGCAAAGCUCAGGAGUCUGCUGAGGUUGCUUGUCACAACUUGAACAUUGCAGUGGCAAAUCUGGUAAAAUCGAUAGAACAGGGUGUGCUAUCUGAAUGGCAAAGGGUAGGCUCUAUUGAACUGCCAUCAGAAGGUGAAUUGCAGACAGCCAUGGUAGAACAAGUCACUUCUCCUGCAAGGGAGGCAUCCAUCACUCCAGUAACUAAUAGGUAUCAGAAUCUAGCAGUAGAAUCAUUUGAGGUGGGUAAUAUUUUGGUUAGCAGUCCAGUUUCUCAUAAUCUGGAUGAUUUUCCUGUGUUAGAAGGUGGUGGAAAAGGGAAGGGUAAACAAGGUAAGAAGGGGCCAGGUAGGCCUGCCAAACCUAAGCCUAAGAAAUGA